AUGGAGAUCACUGGAGUGGGCCUUGAGAAAUUCCACGAGGAUUUAAUUGCUGCGCAAUAUGAAUAUCGUCAUUAUUAUUAUUAUUAUUAUUUUAAAAAGAGUAUAGAAUUUCCAGAAGAUUAUUAUUCAAGUGUUAACUCAGAACAGCAAAACAAUGGAGCUACCUGGGUACAAGAUCCUGUAUAUAACACCAACUCAGUGUAUCCAGGGCUUCAACAAACCACAUCUUUGAUUCAGUCUACAUCUCUGAUUGAUGGUGUUCCUCUAAUGAUUGACCCCCCUCCCCCACCACCAGAUGUACCUCCAGAACCUGAAGAAGAACCCAGGCCACCACUUCCUCCUCUAGAAGAUGAUGAUGAAGAAACAGCAUUAAUGAGAGAACAACUUCUUAAGUCUUUGAUGGAGAAAAGGAAGGAAAAAGAAAUGAAAAAUAAGAAUGUGUCUGUUACUGUACAGGAAGCUGCUUCAGUUACAAAUUACGAUAAAGGGGUGACAGACCCAAAAACAAUGGCAGAAUAUGGCGAAGUCUUUCCUGUUACAAGUUAUGAUAGAAUCGUUCCUGAAACAAGUUACGAUAAAGAGAUUCCAGUUGUAAGAUAUGAUCCAGCACCAAUGCCUUCCCAAAUUCAGAGAACCGCAGUAUUUAAUGAUAGUCCUACCUACAGUCCAACAUAUAGUACAAUAUAUACUACUACUACUAUACAACAAGUUACUUAUAAUCCUUAUUCUACUUUAUCAUCGUUGCCAAAACAUAAACCAGUUGUGAUAAAUAUGUAUGAUAGUUCUAGUGAGGAAGAUGAAGAUUAUAUGAUGAAUGUCAAUCAUUUACCUGCCCCGCCUUCAACUUCCUUAUUAGGUGGUUUAGAUGAUUUCUUAAAAGAGGCUCGCAAGUCUGUUGAGGUGAAUUCUGCUGCAGAAAAAACAAAAAUACAAAUGUUGAAAGUAAAAGAAGUACAAGGUUUUGAGAAAGAAAUGUCAAAACAAAGAGAAAUGAUAACUAAAGAUCAGACGAUGUUAAAAUUAUAUACUGGUAGAGCUAAUAAAUAUCUAACUAGUUUAAAAACAGCUACAGAUAAAGUCAAGUCUUUACGUGAACAGUUGUUAGCAGCAGAGAAAAUAGCACAAGCUAAUAAACAACAACUAGAGCAAGCCAAAAAACAGGCCCAUCAAGUAAAAGACAGAUUAUUAAAAAGCAAGGAAAAGUUAAAAGAGUUAGAAGAAAAGACCAUGGAUCUUGGUAAUGAAGUUUAUGGAGAGAGAUAUCAGCCACGUUUGAUAACAGUACAGAAGCCAACAGCUAAUAAUAAUAAAAAUAAUGGCAAUAAACAGAAACGUAAAACAGCUAAUAUUUCUAUUACUGUGAACAAUGAUCUUGCUGUAAAGAAAUCCAAGUUGGAUAAUAAUGAAUUCUCCCAAAACGUGAAGAGUAAAGAAAAUGCACCACCAGUCAAGUUACAUCCAAAGAAAGCCUUAGCAGCUGAGAGACUGGUGCAAGAGAAAAAACGUCUGCAACAGUUGGAAAAAGAAUAUGCUGAAAAGAUCAGAGCACUGAAAGAAGCUCAAGCAGUCAAAGCCAUCCAAACUGGCGCAAGUUUGAAAUCCAAGAAAAAAUUCAAAAAACCAACGUCACCAGAGGUGGAUUUGGAUGCUAUAAAACUUGGAGGGAAUGAGUCUGUGGGAGAGAUGUGUUUACCUAAACCCAGACGACGUUCCUUAGCAGACAUGAACUCCAGUACCAAACCUAAUGUAACUACUCCUGACAAACAUAAGUCAUUUUUUGCUGCAGCACCUACCAAGGUACCCACACCUAUGACAUUAAAAAUACCCAGUGGUAACCAACUGAAUAAUCUUUGUAAACUUCAGAAAGAAAAGAUUGAGAAGAUAUUAAAAAAUAGUAAAUCUAUAACAUGGUGUGUGAGAAGACAUAAUAAACAAUAUCCUGCUAUAUCUUCCCCUGUUAUACAGGUAAUUAUUUUAUAUAAUAAAUCUAUAAUAGAUAUAAUAAACAAUAUCCUGCUAUAUCUUCACCAGAAAUACAGAUAUAAUAAACAAUAUCCUGCUAUAUCUUCCCCUGUUAUACAGGUAAUUAUUUUAUAUAAUAAAUCUAUAAUACAUAUGAUAAACAAUAUCCUGCUAUAUCUUCACCAGAAAUACAGAUAUAAUAAACAAUAUCCUGCUAUAUCUUCACCAGAAAUACAGGUAAUUAUUUUAUAUAAUAAAUCUAUAAUAGAUAUGAUAAACAAUAUCCUGCUAUAUCUUCACCAGAAAUACAGAUAUAAUAAACAAUAUCCUGCUAUAUCUUCACCAGUAAUACAGAUGAAAGGUUUAGAUAUACAGAAGAACAGUAAACCAAAGAUAAAGGAUACCAGCAGUGAAUUAACUAAAUUACCUUACACCAGUCCUUUAUUACAGUUUCAAGCAUAUAGAUUGAGUUCAUAUUUCCGUACAAAAGAAAAUAAGUCUAUAUUAUCAUCAACCUACAGUAAUAAAAUAGAUAUGAAUAAGAUUUUGUGUAGAUAUGACUUACAGGGUAAAUGUAAUGAUGAUAAGUGUCAGGGCCAACACAUUAGAGAUACUGUAUUAACAGAUAAAUCUAUAAUGGAAGAUAUUGUUUCAAACUGUCCAAAAUUAGCAGGAAUUACCAAAUCUACCCCAAUAGAGGAAUAUCCUGCCUAUAUUAGUAAAUAUGUAGAUGGUAUAAUAAAACAACAUGGUAAUAAAAUGACCAAUGAUCAGAUCUGUUUAUUAUUAAUAUCUAAAGUCAAUGAGGCUUCUGGACAUGUGCCUCCAUUUACAAUGUUUUAUGAAAGUAGAAACUGGAGACCAACUGCAGUAGAAGAAAACUGUACUGCACUGACUAAUUAUAAACCUGAAAUUCCAGCAAAUAUAAAUACAAGAUUAAAAUCUGAAGAUGAUAUUAUUAAAGAAGAAGAUAUAAGAUAUUUUAUUAAAGAUGAUAAUGAAAUGUUAGAUAUGGAGAGUGGAGUAUUAGAUGACCCUACUAAUAUACCUUUAUGGAUUAAACUGUCCUAUAAAAAACUCAAUGAUUCUGAUAGGAACAGCAAAUCAAGUUUAGAUAAGGCAUUACAUGUAUUAGCUCGAGGUAUUGAAUCUAAUAAGACUAAUAGUGAUUUGUGGCAUCAUUAUUUAUUACUAUAUAAACAUCAUGUUCAUAGUGAGAAGGAUAUUGUAGAAAUAUAUAAUACAGCUUUACAAUUAUCACCCAGUUAUGAUAUAUACUGGAUGUAUUUAGAGUGGAGUACAGGUUACAGUAAUAAAGACAGUAUAUGUGAUAAAAUAAUAGAAUACCUCACAUCUACUGACAGUCUACCAUUAGAACAACAUUCACAUUAUUUACUAGAAAUCAUACUGUAUAAAGUCACACUAGCUGUUCAAACUGGUCGUUUUAAAACUGGUCUAAAUUUUAUACAGAGCAUAAUCAAGGCUAAUACAAAGACAGAUAGAAGUGAACUGUUGAAUAUUUUGAAUAUUGGUGAUAAAUCUGUACUUUGGAUUAGUUACAUUCAUCUUCUAGAAUACCACCAUCUACCUUCAUCAUUAUAUAGUUCUAAUAAUCAAAAUCCAGGUCAUAUUUUAGACAAGACAAGACAAUACAAUGUGAGUAAAUCAUUAUAUAGUUCUAAUAAUCAAAAUCCAGGUCAUAUUUUAGACAAGACAAGACAAGACAAGACAAGACAAGACAAGACAAGACAAGACAAGGUGAUUAAAUCAUCAUUAUAUAGUUCUAAUAAUCAAAAUCCUAGUCAUAUUUUAGACAAGAGUAAUUUGAUGAUAGAAUGGAAACCAGUAGAAGAAUUGUUGACAUCUGUUGAUCUAUUGAUAGAGUAUUUCUGGCAGGCUGUAGAGCAGUGUUCUGGUGGAUUAACAGAUAGUAAUCUUAAUCUACUUUAUUGUCAAACUAUUUUUGAUAACUUCAUAGCCUUCUUAUCUUCCGUGUCUAGGUGA